AGAACUGGGGGCGUGCUUGCAGAGGAAUGACAACAACGACGUUCCCAGCCCAGUUCGGCCCAUGCUAGGUAGCUGUAAACUAGCCGACAGUGUAUCUUUUUGUAUGCUUUACACCAAAAUUGACUGUCGGUUAUGCAAAUUACCACUCUGUGGAUUUGUGGUUGUUGGCUUGUCAGUAGUGCUACAGUAGCUAGCUAGUUGUAGAAUUAAACAAAGUAGUUAGAGGUGUUUAGGCGUUGGUACCCUGAAACAAUAGGAACAGAACGAGUGCAAGUGAAGGUGGAUGAGUUACUGUCAUGUGUGUUAUAAAUGUAGUGUCUCGAGUCUUUAAUUGUCAUAUUACUUAGUGUUGUAGAAUAGGCUGUAGGUUUAUAUUAUUUUCCUCGCCAUACUAGACAGUUAGGACGCUAGUGCAGAGCCGGUGAACUACUCAGAGGGGUGUAUGUGAAAUUCUAAGCAAGUAGCUAUGAUCUCCACGGAGCUUGCGCGAGAAUUCCAGGCAAAAGAAAGAAAAUCGAAAAACAAUCUAAAGAAAUGCUUGAAGUCUGCUUUGUCGGCGGAUCUAAAGAGACUGCUUCAGGAGGAGCUGGAGGUGGACGUGACUGUGUGUGUGGGAGCCAGCUCCCUGCGGGCCCACAAGGCCGUACUGCUGGCCAGGGCUCCACACAUCCUGCUGGGGGCUCACCAAGACCCCAACACCAUCCACCUGACGGGGUAUGACUUCACAGAGAUGAGCGACUUUAUCAGGCAUGUGUACACUGCCGACCAGCGCAUGGGCUCGGACGGAAAGAUCGCGGAGCCAGGGGGAGUGGAGGUACUCGCUGACCCAGGCGACCACCACAGCGUCGCUGACCCAGAUGUCUGGGUCGUUGAGCCUGCCUCUGGGUUGGGAGCAGACCUGCUGGAUCUCUACCAGAGAGGGGAGUGCUGUGACAUCAGCAUCCAGGUAGCAGAGCAGGUGUUCCGCUGCCACAGGGCCAUACUGUGUGCCAGGUCGCAGUAUUUCCGUGCCAUGCUAAGCGGGAGCUGGAUGGAGAGCUCCAGUCAGUGUAUCACUCUACAAGGCCUGGGCCCAGAGGAGAUGGAGAUCCUGCUUCAGUUCAUGUAUGGGGCCAUAGUGGACCUGCCUGCCAGAGCCAGCGCAAGUCAGGUGGUGUUGGCAGCAGACAUGCUGGGUCUGGAGGGGAUGAAAGACGUGGUGGACAUGGUUCUGACCAGAGACUACUGUCGUUUCUUCCCCAAGCCCGUCGACGGGGUUCAGAAGUCGAUCCUUGAGUGCAUGUCCCUCACGCAUUCUCUCGGGCUUCAGAGCCUGCACGCUUCCUGUCUGAGGUGGGUGGCGGAACACUUUGUGAAAAGCUGGUCGGAGAGAAACUUUGCCUUGUUGCCGUGGGAACUCCAGAGGACCUGUUUGACCGCCGUGACCUCGUCCAUGAGCGUGCAGAGCGUCGUGACCCUACUCUGCGCCAGCGAGCAGCUGAUUGGCUGCCUGCCCGAGGUCAAGUGGGCCAAGCAGGUGAUGGCGCUAGCCACCAAGCUGCAGGAGGAGUGCCUGGCCUUCGCCGUCGCCCAGCUGGCCCUCGUCACACGGACCGCCGCCUUCCACAGCCUGCGAAGGAGGGAGGAGUUCACGCGGGAGCCUGCCCUGCUGAAGAAGCUGUGCGGUGCCGUCAGGGACGGCGUGACGGUGGAGAACGCCUGCGACCUGUUCUCGGCCGUGGACCGGCUGUGCGGGGACGACGCGGAGGACGGCGAAGGCCAGGACGAGGGGCCUCGGAAGGAGGAAGAGGAGCCAUUCAGGCGAGAGCUCUGUGCUCUGCAUGCACGGUUGUGGACCUUCCUGCUCCAGUCCUUCUACGCCGUCCGCCACACGCAGGGAUGGGAGACGCUGCCUUCCAAGCACAGGGAGAGGAUACUGGCAGCUGCUGUUGAUAAAGGCGACAGUAGAAGACUCGGUAAAAAGCCUGUAUUCACCAGCUCACAGCAGCAGAGGGCUGUGAAAUGCCCCGUGGUUCCUGCAGCUGAGUCAGAGAGCCCUCCUGUCCACAGGAGUCACCGGGGCACUAGGACCUCCAGCCCGGCCUCCCAGCGCCCUGCGCCAGGCACCAUGAAGUCAGACGGCCUGGGGACGGCCAGCAAGCCAGGGGAUGCCGACACAUCCAGGGCCAAGAACGGAAGGAGCAAGCCCGGGGACCUGAGCUCCACAGCCAAACCAAAGGCGGCUCCCUCAGCCAAGCCCGUGCUCAAUGGAACCGGAGGGCCAGGGACCAGACGGGACGCGGCCACGGCCAACGGCCCCCGAGGCUCCCUGACAGGGGCCGGGAAGGGGGCGAAGGAGCAGGAGAGGAAGCCCAACCCAGGAGCGAGGCCCAAGACCUCCCCUCCGGGCUCCAGGUCGGCCGGCCCCGCCAAGCCGGGCAAGCUUCAGAAGAGCCCAGCUGGGAAGGAGCCCCCGCAGGGCCCGAGCAGCGUCACGGCCGCCCAGCCCCACCCCAGCACCCCCUCCACCUCAGGCAGCGCUUCCCCAGAGAACAGCUCCGGCAGCCCGCGCAACAACAACAGCCAUCCUAUCCCAGGUCUGAAGACUAAAGCCCAGGCCAGGGUUGUGCCUAAAUCCCCUCUUACCAAACCCCCUCAGAAAACAGACACCACAAAGACCAACAGCCCUACAAACAAUCCCACCGCCAGAGACGUGGGUAAAGCCAAGCUCACUGCGUCAGCGAGAACAACACCUGCAGCAGAGGCCCGCGACACUAAAGGGAGAAGCACACCAACCAGCCUGCCAGAGAGCCAUGUCUCCAGACCAGGAUCUUCUCUGAGGAAACCUGCGUCCCCCAAGAAAGAGGAAAAAGACGGGGCUAAGACCUCCGCCGCCGCCGCCGACAAAACAGCCAUCGAGGCCUCCAAAAGAAAGAUCACAAAGCCCGCCCCCGCUCCCGUAGCGGCGGCUCGAUCCACAGCCAAACCAGCCAAAGCCGCGCCUUUGGCCCCCAAGCCGUCAGCGGUAGCAGGGGCCAAACCCGGAGCCAAGCACAAAGGCCCCAGCGAAGCAUCGACAGACAAAGCUGUGCCCAAGCCAGUCAAAAGCUCCUCUGCAGUCGCUUCCAAGAGGCCCGCGGGUAAAGACAAAGAGACAACCGUGGCGAAAAGUUCCGAUCUCAAAAGUACAGAGCAGCCCCAGUCUAACGGCCGCAGCAUGGCCGGAGAAUACCGGGGGAACUCAGCGACGUCCGAGUCCUCGACCCCGGCCAACCAUGUCAGCACAAAGCCACCAAGCCAGGGCGGGAACGGAGGAGACUCCCUGUGUCUGCCCCUGAAGGUCAGAGCGGGCCAGAGUCCCCGUAAGACCCCUAACCCAGGCACCUCUACCGUAGGAUCUGGGGCCAAGACAAGUCAGCCAGCGACCAACAACAUCUCUCAGGUGAAGCCUGCCAAGCACACGGAGGACACCGCGGGGAAGCAGGCCGCAGGGUCUUCUCUUCCGGCACACCUCGGAGCGGUGCAGGUCCACGACCUGGGCUCGCUCAACGCCCCCAGAGACCCGGACGCUAUCCAGGACGCUGCCCGCAGCGUGGGGAGCACGCCCCUGGAGGACUCCUGGAGCGGGAUCCACCACCAGGUCAGCCCCGAGUCGGAGACGGGCAGCGCCGCCACCACGUCGUCGGACGACAUCAAGCCCCGCUCGGAGGACUACGACGCGGGGGGCUCGCAGGACGACGACGGCCCCAACGACCGCGGGGCGUCCAAGUGCGGCACCAUCCGCUGCCACGACUUCCUGGGGCGCAGCAGCAGCGACACCAGCACGCCCGAGGAGCUGAAGACGUGCGAGGGCGGGGCGGGGCUGCGGGUGGAGGUGCGCCUCCGGGGGGGCCGCGAAGCGGAGACCACCAGCGAGGAGGAGGGAGCGAGGCCGCGCUCGUGGCUGCAGAGAGACGAGGCGCCAGCGGGCGAGGAGCUUGCCGGGGCGGGGGCCACCGUUGCGGUGAAGAGCGUCCCCGAUCACCAGCUCUUCUCUUCGGAGGAGGAGGAGGAGGAGGAAGAGGAGGACGAGGAGACGGAAGACGAGAAAUCCGAGGUGGAGGUCCUCCCUGGCCACGCCCCUCCUCCCCCGGCUGACCCCUCCCCCCAGUUCCAGGGCAUCGUCAACCUGGCGUUCGACGACGACCCCGGGGACCAGGACAACGAGCAGCCCGACUACCAGUCGGCCUCCAAUUUCCGCCGCUCCGUGCUGCUGUCCGUGGACGAGUGCGAGGAGCUGGGCUCGGAGGAGGGUGGCGUCCAGACCCCGCCCCAGCAGCCCGACGACCUCAUGCCGAGCGACGUCUUUGAAACCGACCCCGCGGCUCCCCUCUUCCCUACCGGACCCCAGAACCACCUCUCCGACCCCCCGCAGACCCCACCUCAGGAGGAACGGCAGCAGAACAGCAGGGAGCAGGAACCCAAACCUGUCGUGUUCCUCACAGAAGUCCAGCAGAGCCCCGGUCAGCUCAGCGGAGCGGGAGGAGGGAUGGAGGCCGGCGGGCCGUCCCCGCACCCUGACCCCACCGCUAACCUCCUCCCUCAGGAGAGGCCGUGCCACCUGGACCUCAGGCACACUGAGCAGUACGGCAACGCAGAGGGGCGCAGGAACCAGCCCAAUCCUGCCGACAGCAAGAGAGCUGAUUUACACCUUGACUUAAAUGAUCUUCAGCAGGCGGGGGAGUCCUCUGCACAUGCCACACAAUCCCCAGCAGGGGACAUUGAUGGUUGUGACAGAUUGGAUCAAACCUGCACACACGAGCGCCGUCCGUCCAAAGCCCUCUCGCCCAUUUACGAGCUGGACGCGGGGGAAUCCUUUGAGCGCUGCUCGGACAGAGACGGGAGUUGUGUGGGACAGCGGGAGCGGCUUCGACCGGGUGAAGAAGAGAGGCAGCCAGAGGAAGACGAACAGAGCGGUCAGUUUGCAGAGCGGGACUGGGGCCUCCUUCGACAGCUCCUUUCAGACCAAGAGUCCAACUUAGGGGUCAUUAACCCGGUCCCGGAGGACUUGAAUUUGGCGCAGUACCUCAUCAAGCAGACUCUGUCCCUGUCACGUGACUGUCAGGACUUUCUGCCCCAUGAGAAAGAGACCUUCAAACGCUGGGCAGAGCUGAUCUCGCCUUUGGAAGACUCGACUACCAGUAUCACUGUGACCAGCUUCUCCCCGGAGGACGCUGCGUCUCCGCAGGGGGAAUGGACCAUAGUGGAACUGGAAACGCAUCACUGACACGGUGGAGGGUCGAAGGGAGCUGACAAUUCACUGAGCUUUGUAACAGCUAUCGAAAUUAGUCUUAGUUGAUCGUUUGUCUCUCUUUCUCUGUUUUCUCCUUUUACCGACUCUGGGUUUUGGACUUUAGCUGCAGCUGAUUUGCUUUCUCCAUUUUAAUUGUAGCCUAUUUCUUUCAGGAUAGUUGGCAAAUGAACAAGUUGGCAAAUGAACAAGGUGCCAAGACACCAAUGGGCUGUUUUGCAUGUGGAUAUUUUUGUAUGUUCAGCUGUCUGGUGUUGAAUCCUCUUACAAAAGAAAAAAGCCUAAAUGAUGGUUUACAAUGGAAUUUCACGAUAAACUAGAGAACAUUGGUUGGUAUAUGAAUUAUUGUGUAAGAUAAUAAAAGUUUUUUUUUUUUUG